UCAUAUUACAUUCCAUAAAUAAAACAAUAAUUAUCUUUGACCAGCAUUAUUGGUGAGAAAAUUAUACAUGAAUAAUUAAGUGGUUAUUGAUUAUAAUAUAUCUAAAUUGAUAGAGUCAACCUGUCAAAAAAAAAAAAAAAAAUUGAUAGAGUCAAGCUAAGUAAACUCUCUGAAAAAGCCUUUGAGGGAUUUCCAGUUUUCCAAGACCUUUUAUUGUCUAUGGCUAAUCCCUUGUUACAGUUUUUUUUAGUGUCACUCCUUUUCCUUAUAGUCAAUAACUUCCUUCAAAGUAGUCAUGCUACUAAAAACCAUAUUGGUUUUAGCCUCAAAAUGAUUCAUCGAGAUUCUCCUGAAUCACCUAUACAUCGCACCAACAACCUUACGGAAAACAAGAAAUGGGAAGAGCAUAUUCGUUUGUCGAAUUCUAGAGUUAAGUCCCUAACAAGGUUACAUGGUACCAAAAAUACUAGCUCUUUGAAGUCGCGUCACAUAAAUGAUUGGAUCAUUCGACCUUCGUUAGGUCAAAUGGAUCUAGUUUAUUAUGUGCAAGUUGGUAUUGGCACAUUUAAUGAGGGUCCAAGGUACAAAACUUACUACCUAGGCUUAGAUACGGGCAGUGAUCUUACAUGGACACAAUGCGAAGGUUGUGGCGAAAAUUGCUUUCAUCAAGUAGAUCCCUUAUUUCCAGCCAGUCAAUCACAAUCUUACAAACCACUUCCUUGCGAACAUUGCCCUUCUAGUGCACAAUGCCAAAGUGAUGGUUGUAGAUUGGAACGAGUUUAUAGCGAUGAUUCAUCCGUAUUAGCUAUUGCUGCCUUGGAAACUUUAACCUUCCAGUCUGAGUAUGACCAAUAUGUAGCUGUGUUCAAUGCCUUUUUCGGUUGCGGCAUCAACAUGCAAAAUUUUAAGGAAGGAAGUAGAGAUGACAACAAAAUCAGCGGACUUCUGGGCAUGGGUUACGGCGAUUUUAGUUUCUGGAACCGAGCUGAUUCAGUGUCGAAGGGACGAUUCUCAUACUGCUUACAAUUGCCGUCUGCCCAAGCAGCUGGUGGUUCACCAAUGUUCCUUCGAUUUGGAACCGAUGUGGUUGAACCAUCAGGAAUGAAAUCGACACCAUUGCAACAAUUCCAAGACCGGUCGACGUACUACUUAAUCCUCGAAGGGAUCUCGGUAAGCAAUCAACGACUAGAUGUUGAUCCCUCAGUGUUCCAACUGGCCGCAGAUGGUAGAGGAGGGUGCAUCAUAGACUCGGGGGCCGCAACCUCGUACAUUGUCACGGAAGCCUACGGAAAGUUUUUAGAUGCUGUAUCGAACGUCAUUGAAACAAGCAAUCACAAUGUGAGGAAGAUGGAUCAGCCGGAAUUGGGACUUAGGCUUUGUUACGAACGUAUUGCGGAUCCGAUUAACAUUAAUGUUCCGAUAGUUACAUAUCAUUUUGCUAAUAACGCGGACUUGGUUAUACCACCACCUGCGAGCUUUGUCAUCAGCCAAGCCAGUAGCGGAAAUGCCAUGGUUUGUUUGAUGUAUCUCGAAAGUACACAAGAAGAACAUAAUAGUGUUACAUACUUGGGAGCAUACCAGCAGAUGAACCAACGGAUUAUAUAUGAUAAUCAUGUUGGCCAGUUACUCUUCGCACAAGCAGAUUGUUCUAUGGCUAAUUAAUGGAUUUAUAACAUGAAUUAAUGUUUAUAAAAUAAAUGUUAUAAAAUUGAAUAAAUGGGAUUACAAUGGGUUUC